GAAAUCUAUUUAUCGACAAUCAAAAGAAAUGGAACAGACGAAAAUUGAAGUUUCUAAGCCCAUUCUAAGUCCAACAAGAUCUUUAGACGAAGGUUUCGAGAGUGAUCCCGAUCGGGUGUCAACCGAUUCCGAGCAUACAACACAAACACCAACAUUUGAUCUGCUUCAUAGAACUGAUCGAGAUGGCGUUCAACACACAACAAUAUCACGCCGGAAUGUUGAGAGCUCGCCUAUUUCAAGCAUAAUUUGUCUUGAUGGUGAAUCAGAGCCAGAAAACAACAACGCUGAAGACUUGAAACUUAGUUUAAGCUCAUCUUCGAAAUUGGAACAUCAGACUCACACGAAAUCCGAUCAAAAACAGAUUUAUCGAAGAGUUAAGAAUAAAGCACCAUUACCGCCAAAUAGCAAUAAGUCUAACAGUACUAGUAGCACAUAUCAAACGAUUCAACCGCGAUCGCAAUCUGUUGAUCGCAUUCGAAGCAGUCUUAAUGAUUUUCACAAAUCUCCGACACCCAAUGCGAAUCAUCAAAACAUUCUUGCCGGACGAUUUGUUCGUGUUACCGUUGAUCCGAAACAACAAUACUUGAACUACUUCAAAAAUUAUAAAUCGUAUCAAAACCAGCAGAAUUAUCAAACAAAUAGCAGACUAUUACCAGCGGGAUCGACGAGUAAUUUAUAUAAAAGUUAUCAUCCAACAGCUUUAGUAAAUAGCAACAAAAGUAGUGUUAGUCAGUCACAACAGCAACAACAGUCGAAUAAUAACUCGCAUGAACCAAGUGGAUUAUUAAGUUUAAGUAAUUUAAGUAACAUGAUGCCAAUGCAGUAUGGUGGUGGAUUCGCAACAGUGAAGUCACCCAAAAAUUACCAUCAUCCACAACAGUACAUUAGCCAUCAGCAACCGCAAUCACAUCUUGUCUGUUGGACUCAAUCGAUGGAUCCAAGGAGAUCAAGAAAAUACAUUACGCCGAGUCAAUUGCCUCAAGUCAUCGCCGCACCAAAUAAACCGCAAAGCGGCUUAUCGCAAAAACUACGUGAGCUUGCGACCUCAGCCGGAUUGAUCACAGCAAAGCCUCGCCAACCACUCAAACCCGUGAUCAAAACAAAAGGUUCCCAGUCACCUGCACCGGAAUUACCUAAGAGAGUUACAUUCAGUGAAUUCGCGACCGUGCAAGUCGUUUGAUUAAUCUCAAUAUCACGAGUAAUCCAACAAACAACUGUCAAACGCUAACUGUCACUUCGCAUGUUCACCUUCGCAAAUAAAUGGCACUAAGUGGAGUUUUACUUUGAAUGAUUUUGAUGUUUAAAAUAAAUUCUCCAACGAGUCAUCUUUUUUUCACCAGUCUGAGUAAAUAAUUUAAGAUAUUACAUUAUCUUCUUAUUAUCUGUUAUCUUGUGCAUCGAUCAUGUGGAAUUUAAGAAAGAAACUUGAUCUGUGCAUAGUCUGUAAUUUAUCGCCACUCAUUUUGUUCUGACAAAAAAGCAAAAAAAAGAUUGGAAAGGAAUGGCCGUCGAGGGCACUUCAUUUAUCGUAAUUUAUAAAACUAUGUAUAAACUCGUAUCAACUCUGCUAUAAGUUUCAGAGCACACAAUUUAUUCAUUUAGAUACCUGCUCGAAGCUAUUUCUCAGACACUUUUUUGAUGUUUUCAUUUAUUAUGCUUUCAAGUUGCCAAUUGUAUCAUUUCAUAUGCCAUUGUGCAAUAAUAAAGAUGUUGAAUAAGUUUGCACGUUAUGAUUGUAUAGAAACAACUUCACAAUUAUGAAUCUAAAAUCUGUUGUUGUUGCGGAGUUUUUGCUUCUUGCAUGAGAGCAUUGUUGAUCAUGAUUUCCAAUCCACUAUCCAAACUUCAAUGUGACGUCAAACUAUUGAAACACUUUUAUGAUCAUGUUGUGAAUAGUACUUGUAAAGAAAUAUUAUGAUAAGUAAUAAGUAAGUGAAGUAGAUUCGAUUACUUUAAAUAGGUUGUGUGAAAGUCAAACCAAUAGAAUAAACAAAUUAUUUUCAUUUCGAGAA